AUGCCGGGUGAACCCAAGCCGGCACAAAAGCGCCCGCGUCUCCCUUUCAAGCCUCCCACCCGUACCAGCGCGGGGCCGUCAUCGGCACCAAAGGCCAAAGGCAAAGCAAAACAGACAAGCACGAAAGUCCCAGCGUCAAAUACAGAACCCAGCACGACGAAAACUUCCCAAUUCAAGCCUACAAAGUCCUCAACUGCGAAGAGACCCCGUGUUGAAUCCCCAGCUCCUGAUGAAGUGCAGUCUGGGUCGGAGUCCGGCUCGGAUGCGCCAGACCGCAGCCGCUCGCAAUCACUCUCCCAAGAACCAGACUACAUACUUGCUGAAAUAACUACCACCAACCCAGUGGAGGACGUGAACUCCAGCGACCCGAAAAUCCCUCCGAAACUGUUGACCAGGCUGCUACAUGAACACUUUCAGAACGACAAGACGAAGAUCGCAAAGGAUGCUAAUAACGUUGUGGCGAAAUAUGUGGAUGUCUUUGUGAGGGAAGCAAUCGCUCGGGCUGCUUUUGAGAGAGCUGAGACGAACAACAAUGCUGAUACCAGAAGAAUCGGAGAUGGAUUCCUUGAGGUCGAGGAUCUCGAAAAGAUGGCGCCACAGCUUACGAUGGAUUUCUAA